CAACCCCUGCAUCACUACAACAAAAAARUACUAUAUCGAUUUCAAAGGUCUMAAAGGACCAACGAAUACUACUCAACAAUGACACUACGAUCCAUCCUUGCCUUGUCCCCUCUUCUGUCGGUGUCGGGAUUCACCACCAUCCUUCCCGGUCGUUCCGAUUCCGGUAUUGCCACUAUCACGAAUGCGAACGGAAAYUUCCGAAACACCCRUCUGGCCGACAUCGUCUCCCCCUUUGACGGAGGCGACAGCAGCUCCAGCAACGUUGCCACCGAAGACAAGCCCACGCUCGAGGGACCCCUCGAUCUCACCUGGGACAACGUGGAAGCCGUCCUCGACGAGAUGCGGCAUUUUUUGAUCCAGGACGGAGGAAACGUUGCGAUCACGGAAAUCGACGGACCCRUUGUCCGAUUGGAGUUGCAGGGGGCGUGCGGAACCUGCCCGUCGUCGACACAAACCAUGAAAAUGGGUCUGGGUAAGUAGUGCAGCUCGCUGCCUGCGCAACAACGCGCCGCGUUGGAUCGCAUCGUUCGUUCGUUCCUUCGUUCGUUGCCUGGUCGGAACGUGUUAAGGAGUUGAGUUGUCGGGAUGCGUAGACAAGUUCGGACAGGAACGAAUAGGGAGUCUCUACCGCGACGAAUGGAUAGGUCCGAAUCGAUCGACUUCAUCUACGAUUCGCUUCACCCUCGYUUUUCGUAUCCAUCUAUUCCAUUCCGCGGRAGGCUUUUGAAGCCUACCAAAUGGUUGCCCGCUCUKGUCUCGUCUCACAUUUUYUUGACGCUUUUCUCAUCGGMACCRACAACGACGCAACUCGAAUGGUGCUAUAUSGYACGCGUGCGCAUCGUUGACGCUCCAGAACGAGGACUGAAGGAAAAAAUUCCGGAGAUCCAGGAAGUCAUUCAGGCCAUGCCGGAAGGCCCGCCCCUCGACGAGGAACAAAUCAACGUUGUGUUGGACGGCGUUCGGCCGUUCCUGACGGUCGCCGGUGGAAGCAUCGAAAUCGAUCGCAUCGAAGGGGAGGGGGGACUCCAGCCCACGAUCUGGUUGGACAUGCAGGGAGCCAGUGCAUCGCUGAACUCGGUCAAGCUGGAGAUUGCGCAGCGGUUGCAGCGACAUUUCAUGAUGGCGGGACUUCGCGUCGAUUGGGUUGGCAACCACUCGAACGGGUUCAAAUAAACACAGAGUACUCCGAUUUUUGGAGUCCUUUGUCACGCAUUGGAACAUUCUCGUAUUUUUUUGAURUUCCGGACUUUUUGGAUUUAUGAUGAAAUCUAUGCAAUCCAUGUCACUACAACGAAUCUGCAGGAAACCAGCAGAAAAGAUUGAUGUCACACCACCUCGCUUGUCCUUUCGAAUGCCGAUUUGCCGUUAGGGGAGCCCAUAGUCAUCUGGCGACACUGAACUUCACACGAUACUACAUCGAUUCAAACAUUCAAUACACGCGCACCGUCGCUUUCCUACCGAUAAAAGUAGUAGAUAGCGUGUUUAGUGCAUAACAAAUUAAUCACCAAGGG